CGGAAAAGGGGAGGGGUCUCUCGAAAGGAAGACUUUCCUGGCAGGAGAGACUGGCAGGAUCCGCCUGGCAGGGCGAAGGCGUGGAGGUCUCCCUUCGCUCUUACCUGCUGGCCCGCUGGCUUCGAGAAGUCAAUCACCCCGCUAGGAUCCGACCCCUCCCACCGCCGAUAGAAACGAAAGAGGCGACGGAACGCAUCUUCUUCCCGCGUGGCCGCCGCCAUCUUCGCUGAAGGCGUGGCCUGGCACGCGCUCCGCCGAAGCAGCAGAAGCCACCCUCCUUCCCAUUGGCUGGAGACCGCCUUGGCCGGGCAAGGUCAUCGUCCCUCAUUUUUAAGAUGGCAGCGAGGGGUAUUUCUCGGCGCGCCUUCGAGAUCUUCGUUAGGCGAAUACCCUGGAACGUGGAGGAAAGUGAACUGCGAGAAUAUUUUACUCGAUUUGGACCUGUGAAGAAAUGCAUCCUGCCAUUUAAUGCAGAAACAGGGUUCCAUAAAGGUUUUGCCUGGAUUGGAUUUGCAACAGAAGAAAGUCGCAAUAAUGCUUUGUUGAAAGAUCAUUUUUUUGAAGGAUCACAGCUUGAAGUUAAACGUCAAGAAAAAACAGUCAGAUGAAAUACUUUAAUACCAAUUAAAAGGAAGGAGCUUUUAUUCAAUUGCUAUGUAAAGAAAUUAAAAUAAACUUCAGUAUGUAUAUAUUCA